GGGAACUUUAAAUUUGCUUCUUUCAGUGAUCCACAGAUGACGCCAUAUAUAAGAUGCUCGUGGAUCACGUGGUCUUAUAAAUGCAUUCACGUGACACGUGCUUCGAUAUUUUUACGUCUUAAAUAGCUUUCUGAAAUAAUUAAAUCAUGACAUUUAAAAAUUGUUGUGUCUGCAGAAAGAAUGAUGCACCUUACAAAUGUCCGACGUGCAGGGAAUCUUAUUGCUCUGUAGGAUGUUGCAAAGAACAUAAGACUCAAUAUUGCGAACCUCCAAUAUUACCUGAGGAAUCCAAGGAUCAUCAAAACGUCAAUCAACGGAAGUAUGAAUUUUCAACGGAAGACACAGUGCCCAUGGAGAAAUUACGGCAGUUGCGCGAUAGCAAGGAACUGAAACAGUGUCUCCAAUCUUCCCAUUUGCGCAACGUUAUGAAGACAGUUAUGAAUAGUCCAAAUCCAACCGAGGCGAUUGCUUUAGCCAUGAAGAAGGAACCUAUAUUUGUGGAGAUGGCCGAUGCUUGUCUGAAUAUUGUGGAACCGCCAGAUCAUGCUAAACCAUGUUAAAUUACUUCUGACAAUCAGAGCUUUAAGUCAGUAUUGAGAAGAAUAGUAAUAGUCUUCGAAGUCGUCAGGUAUCUGUGCACCGUCCAAUUCGAC